AUGGACGAGGAUUCAUCUGAUGAAAAUGGCUACGAAAGCCUUGACGAUACUCUGAUUGAGAACGGGCACGAAGAAAGGAAUGAUGAACCUAUCAAUACAGAUUCAGCUUCUCGAUACACAGUCCCUACCCGUAUCGUCGGUGCUGUGGAGAUCCCUGCUGUGGUUGAGAAUGUCGACCGCGCCGUCAAGGCGUUCGGGCGAGUUCCAAACCUGCAACACGUCAUGGAUGCCGGUCGAAAUUCGAUCCCAUUCUACCUCACACCAGAGAACCCGUUCUGCAAGCCCAUCAUGUCUCACAAUGCUCGCAGUCAUGAUGUGGUGCUUAAAGUCACUGUUCCAAAACGAACAGGACGUAAGCGUAAACGAGGAACCAAUGGGCCUUGGGAAGGAGAUGUUGAAGUUACUGGCGCCGAGGACCAACCACCCAUGAACGAGGGGGUCGCAUCCUAUGCUCGCCUGGACGAUCCUAAAGUACUACGUCGGAAGCUCGAAGAUAAUGUUGACGAUUAUCAUGUCGAGGCGGUUGGCAUCAUUCGGAACACACAUCGCUUCCGCGGACUUUCAGACUUUUACUGGGAUAUGACCAAAUCCUCUUUUGCGCAGCGAUAUGUGGACCAAGUUCUUCCUGGUGAUGUCGACAAGAUGAAGGAGUUUAAGUUUCUCCCCGGUACUGACAAAGGUCCUGAUGUUGAUAUUCUCCCGCCACCUAUCUUUACGCACAUGAGCAUACCAUUCAACUACCAAUACUCACAAAACCCUUACGUUCGCGCUACUGAAGAUGGAGGCACAGUCAAUACCACGGCUGUGAAGCAAGUCGGCUACUUUAUCGGCGCCGAGGACCCUGCACCAGCCGGUCCUCAACUCGAACCUGAUAUGACUGACCCCCGAAUGGUGGAGAUCAUGGCUGAGCUCGAGGCUGCAUUUGAAGAGCGUCCAGUCUGGACAAGACGGUCUUUGCUCAACCACCUAGGAGGCAAGCUGAAAAACUGGAACGAACUCAAAAAAUAUCUUAAUUACGCAGCGUAUCAGUUCAAGGGUGGGCCAUGGAGAGAUGGAGUAGUGCCAUAUGGUAUCGAUCCACGAACUGAUCCCAAAUACCGAACUUACCAAACCCUCAUGUUUAAGCUUCCUAAACAGAAGCGUGCCCAACAUGGCCAAACAUGGAAGUCACUACGCAAGGUUCAAAUGGGGCCCCUGAAAGAAUUCCUGGAGGAACUCUCGGAAAGUCACGUCUUUGACGGCGAAACCUUUCACACCGACGGCAAAGUGUGGCAGGUGUGCGAUAUUACAGACCCACUGCUUAAAGAGCUUCUCGAAAACGCCGCUAUUCGUCCUGAAUGGGAUCCCAGCAGCGGAUGGUAUCAUGGUGGAUUGUGGGCCAAGGUGAAAGCCAUCAUGAAAACAAAGCUCGUGGCUAUCCAGUUUGACCGACAUCUCACGCGUGAAGAUUUCUCCAUGACCUUACAAGCAGGAGACCAAACACCUAUGCGAUCCAAUCAAGCGACAUUUCACCUUCCGCUUCCAAACUUACGGCUCACAGACGAAGAGCUUACAACGUUGCGAGGACGACAACCGACAAAGAAGAACAAGCAUAAAGGCUACAGCGUGCGUGUUCGAGAUCCGAAUGCAGGGGCGAAACGGGCGGCGGCUGAGGAGGCGGUGGCAGCAGUUGAUUUACAGGAGGAAGAGGCUAGGCUGUUGGAGGAGAUGGGAUCUGGCAACGAGGAUUCCGAUGAGGAUGAAUCAGGAGAAGACGAGGAUACAGGCGGGCAGGCUGACGAGGUAGACAGGGAGAUGAUGUAUGGAUGA